AGAUAGCAGCAGAUCAUUACUUGUGUUUCAAUAUCCAUCUCCCAUUUCUCCACUUCCGGAAAUGGGAAAGGUGCCGACCGGAAGUCAAUAGCAAAGGAGGCGGAGCUGACUACAUAAUGACUUUGGCUCAGUUGCUAAUUAUCGCGACUGUGACUCUAGCAGUCACUAGUAGACUGCCUAUGGUAUUGUCUCAGCUCUAUAAGGAUCCAUCUCAACCAAUACACGAACGUGUGGCUGAUCUACUCAAAGAGAUGACAAUGGAUGAGAAGAUAGCCCAACUUCUUGAAGUCUAUUCUGACUCUAGCUACGCGCACGACAACUAUGCAAAGACGGGUGUAGGCUGGCUGCCCAUCCCGGGCUCAACGCCUGCAGAUUCGGUCUCCAAACGAAACCAACUGCAGCAGCUAUUCAUGAAUAGCUCUCGACUGCAUAUUCCAGUGGGCUUUACGCAGGAGACUCUGCAUAGUGCAACAAAGGGUGGCACCGUGUUCCCUAUGCCUGUCACUCAAGGCUGCAGUUGGAAUGUUACAACAGUCCAACAAAUAGCAGAGGCCGUCGCUGUUGAAGCCAGUGCUGUAGGCAUCGAUGUUGGAUUCUCUCCGGUACUAAACAUGAUAACAGAUCCCAGAUUUGGUCGCCUGUCUGAAGGUUUCUCUGAAGAGCCGACCCUAUCGUCAGCAUAUGCUCGUGCUGCUGUGGCAGGCCUUCAAGGUGAUAGUCACGGUGGACCAUACAGUUACUUGGAUGACACACACAUCUUGUCACUGGCAAAGCACUACGCUGCAUACGGAUCAGAAGCAGGUGGCCAGAAUGCCGCACCGGCUCACAUAUCAGAGAGAACACUAAGAGAAGUGUAUCUCAAGCCAUGGAGAGCGUUUGCUCAGUCUGGUGGUCGUGGGAUGAUGGCAAGUCAUGAAACCAUUGAUAGCAUACCGUGCCAUGCUAAUUCUCUACUCAUCAACGAUAUACUUCGAACCGAAUUCAACUUCACUGACGGAAUUGCUAUCAGUGAUUGUAAUGAUAUCGGCGUGUUGGUCGACUAUCGAGUAGCACAAAACUCAAGUCAUGCCGCUGCCAAGGCUCUACAGGCUGGUGUGGAUAUAGAUUUGAUGUGUGGAGACUCUCCAGACAAAUGGAGUUACAACAAGCUUCAUGAUUCACUCAACGAGGGGCUCAUCACAAACAAGGACAUUGAAACCGCUUGCUCGCGCAUUCUUGCAGCUAAAUUUGCUUCGCGACUGUUUGAUGAACCAAUGGCUGAUCCAUCUCGUAUAUCCAUCAUAAAUAACAGCAACCAUCGUUCUUUGGCAUAUGACGCUGCCAUUGAAGGACUCGUACUUCUUAAAAAUUUUGACGAGACACUCGGUCGACCACUCCUCCCUCUCCAACACCGCAGAGACAUAAAGAGCCCCAUUUCAUUAGCAAUCAUUGGACCUAAUGCUGGAUGUACAAACAGCAGUUGGAUGUGUGACUCGGUGUCCAACAUGUUAGGUCCGUACACUCAACACAAUGCCGAUGUUGAGGUGAAGACCGUGUAUCAAGCAGCAGUUGACUCGCUUGGCCCCAAUUACUGGGUAAACUUCUCACGAGGAUGCAACAUCGACGACAACAAGACCGACAUGAUUGCAGCCGCAGUGGACACAGCAAUGAGAUCAGACAUUGCAAUAUUGGUACUAGGAGAUUCGCUUCAUUCGUGUGGCGAGUGGAGUGACAGAGACAGUCUUGAUCUUCCUGGAGCUCAACUGUUGUUGCUAGAGAGCAUCAUCAAUGUCAAACGUGCUCCAAACUCUGAACUAGAAAACAUUUUGGUUGCAUUGGUUAAUGGACGACCCGCAACGUUUGGCCCCAACAAUGCACUGCUUGACUCCAUUGAUGUGCUGCUGGUUGGAUUUCGACCUGGUCAAAUGGGAGCUCAGGCAAUUAUCGAUGUCCUCAUGCGUGGGGUGGAGCCUCGAGGUCGACUUGCUCAGUCUUGGCCAAGAAGUGUUGGGCAGGUUCAUGGAGCUGCCAGUCCAUGGCUGCAGGAGAUACGAGGAAAGUGGAUAGCGAACUCUCGCUCCAAACCCGAUCCUGAUGGCCGCAUUUACGAUCCAUACGUCAACAGUCCAGCUACACCACUAUUCUAUUUCGGAUAUGGCCUCUCGUUCGGCAGAUUCAACUACUCCAAUCCAACAGCCACAAUGACUAAAAACAAAGAACAUCCGGUGGAGGUAUCGGUGACUGUGCUGAACACAGGCAAACAGCCUGGGACGGAAGUUGUGCAAGUCUAUUUGCAGGAUCCGGUUGUCAACCACGUUCGUUACUGGAAACGUCUCGUCGGUUUUCAAAAGAUAUUUCUUCUCACAGGACAAUCAAAGACAGUGAACAUUCCACUUCGAAUGGAUGAUAUCGCUAUGUAUGAUGACAAUAUGAAGUUCAGGAUUGUUGAGGGAACCUACACGCUACGUUUUGGUGGUCACAGCAGCGCUGACACAUUCACAACCCAAAUAUCUUUCUAACGAAUACACUUGUCAUGUUGGCAGACUUUCUUGUCAUAUGUUUUCAGUAAAUUUGAUGUUUGAAUGAUCGAUCGAUGAAGGCAAGAG